AUGGCUGCUCCAUCGCUCCCCCCUUAUACACCUGCCGAGCCCACCAAGGAACCUUUGGAUUAUGUCCAGCUCGUCAACCUCGACCUGGCCAAGUUUGACACUACCGCCGGUCGGGAGGAACUCGCCAGCAGUCUCUUCGAAGCAGCUACAGGCCACGGAUUCCUUACUCUCACCAACCAUGGGAUCUCCGAUGCCGUGUACCAGCGGCAAAUGCAGAUUGCAAAUGGGAUAAUGACAUUGCCCGCUGAGGGAAAAGCCCCUUACGAAGUGACCCCGGAAGAAGAUGCUCGUGGUCUGUAUGUCGGUUUCAAACCUGCAGGACCCCUUGGCCAUAAAGGCGGGUUCCCCAAGCAGCUUGACCACUACAACAUCCUCGUACAUGACCCCAAGAACCGACCACACCCGGAGAUGCUGCGGCCCUAUCUCAAAGAGACGCACGAGGUCAUGCACUUCAUUCGCAACAACAUCCUGAAGAAGCUGCUUAGCCUCAUGGCUAUGGUUCUCGAGAUGCCUGAAGAGGAUAUUCACGCCACACACGCCCUCGGUGGCUCAAAGACUGAAUACAUUCGGUACAUGAUGUGCGAGCCGCGACCCAAAGACGAGAGCGAUAAAUACCGUGACAUCUUCCUCUCCGGUCAUACCGACUGGGGCUCGUGGACAUUCCUCUUCUCACAGCCCAUCGCUGCCUUGCAGGUCCUCGACCACCGCGACGGCCAGUAUCGCUGGGUCCAGCACCAGCCAAACGCCUUGGUGAUUAACUUUGGCGAGGCACUGGAGCGUCUUACUGGGGGUCUGUUCAAGGCCACAAUCCACCGAGUUGUGCAACCUCCGGUCGACCAGCGUCACCUCCGCCGCAUUGGCGUAAUCUACUUUGCGCGGCCUGCUGACGAUCAGGAACUCUCGCCCCUUAAGGGAUCUCCUGUUUUGCGCCGCAUGGGCCGUGACAAGCCCAUGGACGACCGCGUCUUUUGUAUGGCUGAUUACUUGGAUGCGCGUAAGCACGGCUGGAAACGCUACGAGUAUGAUAUUGACCGUCCAGCGGAUCCCACGAAGCAUGCCGAUUUCUUCGCUGGAGAGUACCCCGAUCCUGAAGACCACAAGAGCUUGGGCAAGUUUGAUGAUGUUCCCAGGGAGGUGUACAUUCCUCAGCUGAAGGCAUGA